CCUCGUCUUCUCUCCUGGUUGAUGACAACCGAGAGAGAGAGAGCUGAUUCCAUAUACCCAUCAACAAAAACCCUCUCCUCUUCUCUUCAUUCCCCCCAUUUUUGCUCCCUCUUUUCCAUUACUUUCCAUGCGCUUCAGGUUUGCUGCCAUUACAGAGCUCUAGCAAAAACGACCAAAAAAAAAACCCCAGAAACUUUUGUCUCCCUCGAGUUCGAUAUUCGAAUUGCGCCCGAGAUGGCGACAACAAUGAAGGGCCUCUUGAAAGGCCUUCGAUACAUCACUCAGAUUUUCGAUGAGGAGAAGGAGCCGGAGAUGCAGAUUGGGUUCCCGACAGAUGUGAAGCACGUUGCCCACAUCGGCUCCGACAGUCCCUCCGCCAACACACCCAGCUGGAUGAAUGACUUUAAGCCUCGAGAUCAAGAAAACGGGCAAGCUGGUUACAGAGGUGAUGUUAAAGGCCAUGGCCCCAGAUUCAACCCAGAAGGGAAAACCCAAAGGGGAGUGGGAUUGCAAGAGCUGUUGCCUCCGGUCCAGACCGAGAAACCGAUCUGUUUUCGAAGUGGUCGGCAGCCGAUGCCCCGCCAAAGUCCUCCAGGCGCCACCGGAGCUCAAACGGCUCAACGGACUCGUCAGACCCCUCGGUCAGGAGGAGACGUAAUGGCCCGGUUCCUGACAUGGAACCUUCUUACCCUCUUGCUGCUGAUGGUUCAGUUCCUCCGAGGAAACCCGCUUCGCGUCAGAGGAGGCUCAAGGGAUCGGUAG